ACGUCUCAAACAUCUCAACCACAAUAUCAAUCGAACAACCUCAGAACUCCAGAUUUCUUCGACUGGAGAGAGAAGGGGAUCGUCGGACCUGUCAAAGAUCAGGGAUAGUGCAAUGCAUCCUAUGCUUUUGCAGCGAUUUCCGCAAUUGAGUCAAUGUACGCCAAGGCUAAUAAUCGAACAGUUUUGUCGUUUUCCGAGCAACAGAUUAUUGAUUGUGGUAACUUCACAAGCCCAUGUCAGGAGAAUAUUUUAAGUCAUGAAUUCAUUAAGAAAAACGGAGUAGUAACCGAAGCUGACUACCCAUAUGUGGGAAAGGAGAAUGAAAAAUGUAAAUAUGACGAGAACAAAAUAAAACUUUGGCCAACUAAUAUGCUACUUGUCGGAAAUCUACCUGAAACGUUGCUGAAGUUAUUCAUCAAAGAGCACGGACCUGGGUAUUUCAGAAUGAAGGCCCCACCAUCCUUCUUCAACUACAAAACUGGAAUCUAUAGCCCUACCCAGGAAGAAUGCGGGAAGGCCACUGAUGCUCGAUCGUUGACAAUUGUUGGUUACGGUAUCGAGGGAGGCCAAAAUUAUUGGAUUGUAAAGGGCUCAUUUGGAACUUAA